AUGGCAUUUCGUCUCGUUUCUUCCACGCCGUUGCUGGCGGCACUGGCGCCGGGGAUGGCGACAGGAACGAAUGCUCGCCUCCUGCACAUGACGCGCCUUGCGCGGCAGGGUGUGGGUCGCGGAAAUUUCUUUGCCUACCUGGGCUUUCCACAGACUCCGGAGCUCGACGCGGCGGAGGUGCAACGCGCGUACCACGAUUUGCAGCGGCGCGUUCAUCCUGACCAGGCCAACGUUCAGGCCAGAGAAGUGGAAGAGGGGCAAGAGCAGUCAAAAACGACACCCGCACCAGUUUUGGAGAGGGAGGAAAUGGGGGCAGCAGGAGGCGUAGCGGAUGUGGAUGAGUCCAUCUACGCCAAUGCCUCCUACGAGACCCUGCGGGACCCUUUUUUGCGGUGCCGGUAUUUGAUGCGCUUGAGCCGCGCGGAGAAGGUGAAGGGCGCCCCAUUGACAACGGCCGAAGAAGAGGCACUCAUGCACGAUGAUGACCGCCGUAGUUUGGAGGAGAACCGAAAGCUCAUGGGUGAUGCAGUGGAUAUUGCGUCUCUUGGGUCGGACUUUCUUUCGGAUUUAAUGGCGGUUAACGAGACAAUUUUCUCCACCGAUUUGUCAAAGGAGGAAGGCGUGGCGAAUCUGCGGCUCCUUGUUGCCGACCUGGAGGAACGGUACGAGGAGUUUUAUGCCCAGGCAAAGGAAUAUUGGAAACAAAAGGAUACUCGCCGGUUUUAUCACAGCGUACUGAGGUGGACGUAUGUUCGUAACGUUCUUAAGCAUGCGAAGGAUCGUCUUGACUGA